AUGGGUCCUGCAGCAAAGACCUACGUGGAAUAUGAGGGCAGAGUAAGCCGUGACUAUCCCAAGUUCCUAGCCAUUGCCAUGCUACCGUGCCAUAUGCUUUGGCCGUGGAUUGCCAAUCAGCUCAUUGAUUUUGUUGCCAAGUCGAAUCCGUACUACACAGGCUGGUUUAAAGAAAACGAGACCGAGCCAAAUCACAAAGGUCACCUGGAGAAGUUUGUUGAUUCUCAUGUCGGCCCUAAGGAAAAGAAGAAGGCUCUUACUAUCUUGCGCGAUGGAAUGAUUAACGAGUUAAAUUUUUUUCGAGAUGCUUGUUUAGAAAAGCUCAUUUGACUACCCAGUCGAUUUUGUCUCCGUGACUUUACGUUGCAUUUUUAUGAAUUCAAAUACGUUGUUGUACUACAAAGUAAUGACACAACAGUGUGAAUUCCUAACGCCUCAUUAUUCAAUUAGAGAUGAGAUAUACAUGUAUCAUUGAUCUGCAUGGGCAUACGCCUAGGCGAAAUUUUAAUUGGGACAGUGAGAGAAGGCUUGCAAGCAAAAUAUAUAGGAUAAGAAAUUGUAUGAAUAAGGAUUAGAAUAAACAGAUACUAUUAGUCUAUUUAUUUAUUUAUUUACCAGCUUUUCUGGACACAGGCCUGUCCAGAGGGAAUGAGCACGAACGGGACUCAUAGGUCCCAUGCAAGGUGCCAUCUCUCCCCAAUCCCACAACCCGUAAAGGCUGGCCACACCACCGGGGGCUAAGACCCCUACUCUUUUCGAAUAGUGAUGUACGUUCUUUUACGUCCCACAAGAACAAAUCAGUGAAAGUGCUAUGAGAGGGGACCUACGGUUUUUCGUCCUUAUCCGAGAAGACUAGAAAGUCUAACUGCAUUUGCAAAUGUCAUUACAAAGGCAGCACUUUCUUCUCAGUUAUUUAAAGACCCUGGACGUUGGCCCGGCCGGGCUUUGAACCCGCGACCUCGCGCUCGGCAGACCGGCGCUCUCCCAACAAAAGUAGUCACCUCUUUCUGUGAAAUUUUAGUGCAAUUUAAGCGUUUGUACAUCAUUUGGCCAAAUACCAGUUAACUACUAUUUUUUUGGUCAAUUAUCAAUCAACUGCUAACCCCAAUGGCACCCUCCUAAAAGAGCAGGAAAAACAGAGGAUUGGUACCAGAGGAAGAUUUCCUAAACAGUACAUUCCAUAUCAUGAGAUAGUGACAGCCGAGAAGGCAACAGCUUAGCUCUGGAUUUUAUUUGACGACUCAGCAAAAUUUAGAAAGAACAAUUAAAGCCUAAUGGAUGCCUCCACUUGUGCCUUCAUCGCGACACGAAAAUCAUACCAGAUAGUGUCUGUUCACACACAAGAACGGUUGUGGCGGCGCGAUUUCUAUGUCGGAGCGAAGCUGCAGCAGUUCCCUUAAGCAUCUCAGUCCGCUGUCAAUUUCCAGGUUUGUAAGCGGUACAAGAGUACAGAGAGAACAAGGGAGCGCUGGUACGAGUCUAUUCUUGUCUUGUCGUUUCAGAUGGUAUUCAGUCUCUCUAGCGCUUUUUUUUCUGUGCAAUUCUGGACAGUGCUUUACAGACGUCAGGCUUUAAGAGAUUCGUUUAACCAGAUAAUCAGAACUCACUCCUUCUUGAAAAUGACGCUUGCAUUCUUCAAUCGUUUCCGUGUAAAUCACGAGAAACAUAUAUAUCAGUUGAGGGACAAUAUGCGCGUAAUUAUAAUGAGGCCAAAGGCUCAAGAAAAACAAUUAUUAAAACGUGACAAGAUAUGGCCCGAUAUGAUAAGGUCAGUACAGACGAAGUCAUUGCCGUUUCCCAUCGUUGCGCCCGACUGUUCACUAAAAAAGCUUGUUUUUGUCGCAGAAUAAAUCAAAUAGUUGAAUUUGUUUUUCCCUGGCUAACGUCAAAGUUUAGUGCGACGAAAGGUUUCUUAAAAAACAGUUUUCGAGCCGAAAAAAUCGCAACAGACAAACGGUUCUGCCGAACCAAUCGUAAGUGAAUCGUAAGUACCUUUGAAGACUGAACUGAGAGGUUACGAAUUCCGGCUAAAGAGGGGCUAAGACAAUUCUCUUAAUGACGGAGUCUUGCGUCACGGUUUUGCUGCUUUUUUUCUUUUUCACAAACUAUUGUUAAAGCUGCAGUGUUAUAAAACUGAUACACUCUGCAAACGUUUUGCUACAAAGAUGUUUGUCAAAUGACUCGCAAGGCCCUGCGUAUGCUUCCCCUUGCCGUGCCUUUGUACGCUCCUCGUGCGCUAUCGGAAAGAUCCAAAGAGGAAACGACUGCCAAAAAAGCCCGACCAGUCAUCUUCGUGAACAGGGUAACCUUGGUGCCAUUUGAAAUCGAAACUCUAGAUAAACGAUAAGGAUAGUGUAUAAACAAAAUCAUCGUUCUGGUAAGGCUUUAGGAGAACUAAAACACUACUAAAACAUAAUCAAUACAUAGGGAGAACAACAUUAACCACGAAGGUCAGUGACGGUAAGCUUUAAGGAUUUACUAAUUCACCAUUUCAAACAUUUGGCCUUAAAAUUGCCGUCAGUUUAUUUCGAGGCGAUCGGUGUACGCGUGCUGCUCUCGUCGUAGGUAAAUGGUUGCUUCCUUAUUACCCAUAAAUUUUAAUUUAGUAAUAGCUGUAGUACUAGUAUGAACACCUCAGGAACAAUACUGUCACAGAAUCACGCCAAAUCACAAUUUAAUUGUUUGAGCUUUAGAAGUAGUAGUUUAAAACCAUAGCCUAUUGAACAUGUAUUCACUGUUCUGGAUAAUUGUGAGCCAUCUGAUUCAAAAAGGUGAGAAAGAGCGACGAGGUAUUUCAAAGCCUUAUUGAGCAAUUCCCUUUUUCUAUCCUCCUUUCGGUAAUCGUGUUUUUCUGUUGCGUGAGGGGUACGCGCAUCUCACGAAAAGAAUGAGUUGCCACGAAUCAGGGUUAUCACAGACGAGACAAAUCUGAAAAGUGUUAUAAUACAAGAAGCAAGUGUGAUGGAAGGAAACAUAACUGGUCUCAAUUAACUAUACACAUUCAAAUUGUUAUGUACUCAACAAUUCAAUUUCAACGCUCUCUGUUUUGAAUACGUGGGAUGAGAAAUCAAAUGUAUAAGUUGAAAAGUUGAAAUGGUAGUGACAAUAAUGAGUUAAUAGAUUAAAGUAGGAUAAUUACGAAUACAGGAAUUUUUGUUGAGAUAAGUGAGAUGAAUAGAGGAGCUUCUUGUCUGAAUCUCGUCUGGAGAAGAAGAUUGUGUUUCUAAAACAGUUUAUAUUUCGCAGGUAAAUCAUGCAAUCGUGGUUUCAAGUAUGAAAAUUUUGAAAUUGGUAAUAUAGUGCUAAACAUCAAUGAAGAUUAAUAGUGACGUUAAAAAAAUGCUGCUUUGCUGAUAUGACUUUUAAAUGCUUUGGAACCACGAUCUACUGCCGAAAAUGACUCACAGUUAAAAUCAUAGAUGCAAAGGAUUCUAACUACUGCUUAUCACGAAAUUGACAUGAAGUGUUUAUCAGUCUCCUCAAAUCAUGGUCAUGAUGUUUAUUGCGUGGUAAAAAAUGCCGUAUCUAGUCGGAGAGCGCGAGCCCAAAGAGCAGGGGAAAGGCUAGAUUGCGUAGCGCUUUGGAAAUCCUGCUUUUACCCCAUUCUUCAAAAGAGGCUUCGAUGAGUCUCUUAAAAGCUUUCCCUGGCCACGUACCGAAUGUUUUAACUGUUUCAUAAGCUUGCUCUCAGUGAUAAAAUAUCAAUAUCAGCGCGGAAGUCCUAGGAAUUACGUCACUUUAGUUAUACGUAAAUGGAAUAAUUUUAUAAAAUUGGUACAUACAUAAUGUACUAUCUCGAGUCCCCCCAAUAUCCCUCAAGAAGACGCCGGAGGUUGAAGUCGCAGGGUCGACAACACGUUUUUUCGAUUGAGCUCCAAUUACCACCACACGAUUUGGUACUAAAUGGACUCAUCUCGAGAAAAGGCUACCUGUAGCCUCUUAUCUUGAACAAGCAAGGCACAAAUCAUAUAUUUGUGGUCUAACUUUCUUUCUAAGUGUUUCCCUCAGAGAUAUGGGAUUGCUUGACUUUAUGCUUAAUACGAAAUCUGACAAGUGGUAUAAUUAUUAUUAAUAAUUUUUUAUCAUCAUUAUUAUAAAUAUAAUCAUUUAAUAUCAUCAUUAUUAUUUUUAAUUCACCAUUGCUCAUAUUUGGUGCUGGUGUCCGGUCACAAGUCAGUAGAGAAAAAAAAAAUUGAAAGAAAAGCGUUCCCAGUCCUUCUCCAAAAAGUGCAGUGUAGUAACCUGGGUAGUCACUGACAAUUAAUCUGGUCAACAGCUAUGCAAGAAUUACCUCUCGUACCCUAUUGGCUUAAAACAUUUACUCCCACGGGUUUUGAAGUCCGUGUGUUGAAUUAUUGACAAUUUUGUAACUUCUUGUGUAGGAGGACGAGAAUGUUGUGUCUCGGAGGAAUACUUUUUGUGACGGAAUUUCUCUUACUGCGAAGAAAAUUGCCUCCGCUAGGUGACAACAUACUUCGUACCGUAAUCUUUUAAGUAGAGGUCUUUUGUUAACAGGGAUUUACUUUUAUUUGCCUACAAGAUGAAGCUUCUAAGAACUGUAAACAAAGGAAGGUAAGAGAAACGUUGCGGAGUGCACUUUAUAUGAAGGCACUAAUAAUUUAUAAGGUUUGUAUCGAAUAUUAGAUCAGCCACUAAAGAUAAGCAUCACUCAUGUAAAACUCCUUUUCAAGACUUGAGCCGAAGUACAUGGUUCUUGUUUUUGCAAGAUUAUUCUUUUGUUUGACCAUUUUCCCCCUUUAAGAAAAAGAAAUCAAAGUAUAUUUUUUUGAAAAGAACGAAGGAUGAAAGUUCAUCUAAAUAAUUAAACGACUUAUAGUUUUAGAGUUUGCUUCAUUUCCCAACAUUUUAUUUUUCUGGUGAUUUAAUAUAUUUUUCUCAUGAAUAAAAGUGCUCAAAAAGUGAUAACGGAAACUGAGAAUAACCUUUUCGGCUCUUGACAUCAUUUCAAAAUAAGAGAAAGUAAAGUUUCUGGUUAAUGUGGUUGUAGAAUUAAUUGAUUAUUUUUAGGUGGGUAUUUAUUUACUAAUUUCUUGCCGAGAGGAAAACAAUUCAAUCACAGUUUCGCAGUCUGAUAUUGGAUAUUUCUGUCGAUUCUGAAUAUAUUUUCACCAAUAGAACUUUUCUCCCUUUUUCAUGGUAGACCUUAUUUUAUGCUUCGGCUAAGUCUUUUUUAUGCAACCUAGUGCAAGCUACGGGAAAAGGAUUGCCGUGCCUUGGGGCUCGAAUCAAUCUAUCAUUACUUUUUAGGCAAAGCACCUGAGUUUUCUUUAUGAACCUCCACUUUUUAUUUGAAAUUCAUCUCAACAACAUUAGGCUUAUAUCAAUCUGUGUUUCAGAUUUAUCAAUAGAAAUUUGUCGACUCCAUUCAGAAACUAGUGAUUUUUGCACAAUUGAUAUGCACGAUAAUUUGCAUAUACCUUACUGUUCUUAUCUUGUACUUUACACUGCCUUGAUUUCCAAAGAAAACAGUUUACUUCCCAGUCAUAAUAAUUCUUUGGAAGAAAAUUAGACAAUAAAGCUAAGUCAUUUCCUUGUUCAGUGAUAAAUAAAUUGGCAAGUGUUUUAGCUUCGGGUCGAAAGCCACACUUAAGAGAGUGGAAUACAACCUUUGCCAAUUAAGCUAUAUUAGACGAAUUGUGUUUGUUUCGUGUCAAGUACGGUGAAGUUUGACCCGGGCCUAUCUCUUCAGCUAUUAAAACCCGAUAUUAAUUGAGCUUUUUUGAAGGCAAAAAUAUAAAGGCUGCAGAGAUAAUUCACAAUCUGAUAAUAAAUGAUAAUUCUGAAAAUGUACCCUGCAGCUGUUAGAACCAAGUGAAUAGCGCGAUCAUAUUUUCCUUAUUGUUCAAGGCUCAACGGAUACUGGAUCUAAUUUAUUCCCGAGGUUCGAAAUUUUAAAAAAAGAAAGAAAGAAAGAUAAACCAAGUCUAUAUUUGCAUGCUAUGACACCCACUAAUGGGCUAGUAAAGAGAAAUUGACCACUACGGAAAAUGCCAUAACAUACCAUAAUACUCUUUGUUAGUCAGUCCAAAAUGUUGCAUAAGCAUUGUCUUCAGUUUCUCUUGGGAGUUAAAAUGGCCCCAAGAGAAACUGAAAACAAUUCUUAUGCAAAAUUUUAGAGUGACUAACAAAGAGUAUUAUGGUAUGUUAUGGUAUUUUCUGUAGUGGUCAAUGGGACCUGACAAGAACCGAGUGCAAGUUCGUAUUAUUUUCUCCAUCACAGUUACAAGUACAUUCUUUAGUGAUAUUUACGGCAUGGUUUCGGUACAGUGAUUCAUCGUUGAUCGUCAUAAGCAAGAGAAACUUGGAAAAAAAACUGAGCAAUACUGACUUGAAAGCUUAGCUUGGCAUUCUACUUUUCAGCCUCUAACACUUUAACCAUAUUUUGACAGAAGCUGAAAAGUGUUUCGUGUCUUUAAAUGGAACUACCGAGUUGCCGGCGCCAUUGGUAAAGAUCAUUUCGUCCAAGGGCGAAGCGUUUUCAUCGAAGAAAAAAAAACGUUGAGUUCGUCAUUUUGAUAAAAAUGCAAGAAGUAUUUACAUAAACUAGCUAAUUCACAACGACCGAUCUCGUGUUAAUAUAAAAGGAAUAUGAGACGUUGAGACGUUUUACCGCGACAAAAGUCAUACAUACUUCGUACAUAUCGUCGGUGACAUUGUGACGUUCGCUUUCACCGUUACGUUUUUUCAUGUAUUUUUGCCCAUCAAUACAUUUGUCCUGGUAGAUUGUACAAUCUCUCCAGUCUACGAAUUUUACACACCAGUUUUCACCUGCCCUCACAUCGAUUCAGAAUAUGCAUAGGCGUUGUUAAAUUUUGAAAUUUUUCUUUUUAUAUGCGAGAUAGUCCUAAAAACACCAACUUUUUCAAGCUCCUGAUCAACCGGUUGCGCUAGAGGUGUUUCUUAAGACCAAGGAGGUUGUUACACAGUUACUUUCUUUUCCUUGAAAUCUUAUCUAAAACAACUGAACUAACUUCUUAAUUUAGGCCUAGCAUAUCCAAAUUUGAUCGGAACUAAGCUUUUUUUUUAUUUAAAUAAUUGUUUACUUCGGCUUCCUCCGGGGGUUAAAUAAAGGGCAUGAUAAAGAUGCUUUUUACCGUCUGUUAAGCCUUUUGUCGAUAGUUUCUAUUUCAGUCAUGUUUCUCUUUGUUGUGAAUACGAUUUUAUUAAUACUUUAUUGCGGCUUCAACAGCUAUUAUAAUUAUAACCGACCACGAGAGAGACACUCAGGUAAUUUUAUUUCACUAGAAUCACAAUAUCUCAAUGUUUCGAAGGAAAAUAAAUUAACUAGUUUCCCAGUGAGUUUUGCAGUCUUUAAGUAAUUUGUUUAAAAGUAAACAGAAAAAUACACUGGAAGGUAACAUUGCACCUCUUCUUAUGUUUCGGGUGUUUCGUGGUGUUGCGGAAACCAUUGCUGAUUCACACUCAGGGGGAAGCAGAUAAAUUGUAAGAUGUCAUGUGAAUACAAAGUAACCAAUGACAACAGGCGCUGCUGGGGCCGUCCAGAAAAUCCUGCUACCAUAUAAAAACUGUAGUUUUUAGCAGUUCUCAUUAAGAAACGUGGCGGAAGGGUCUUUCUGCAUUAUACUGACCCAUUAAACUCGUCGCGUCUGGUGCUGAUAGGAAACUAUGUGACAAAAACAGCAACAAAAUGACCUCGUAAUCAUUCAAAAUGGCGGCACUCAGGAAAUCUUAGAGCGCAAAUAGCCGAUCUCUAGUGAACUCAAAUUUUCUUAAGUUUCCACUUAUGUGGUGAAUAAUUGUAACUUCUCCAAUUUCCUACAGCAGUAAAGGGCCCCCUAAGAAAGAAGGGUUGCAUUCAAAUAACAGAUUGAUCGUUAUAAGGCUAGACGAACUAGCAAUAGCAGCAAAGAAUAUUAUUUCUCUUAGCUUCUCUUGUUAUUCUAUACGGCGUAAUUCACCGCAAAACGGCCAGUAAUCGUUGUUUAUUUUAUUAAAAAAAAAAAGGUAAAUUUCUUGCUUUUUUAUCAUGAGAUGAAGCAGCCUUAUGGGAGAAACAGAGAAAUGUGAUGGUUAAUUUGGAGUUCCUCUAAAACAAGGUUUAUCGAAUACACUGGCAGGAUCGUUCAGGCUUGCUAUCUCAUAAGGUAUUUGUUCUAUGUAAAACUCCGACAUAUAACAAUUCCUACAUCUAUGGGAAAAUGGCCAAACAAAACUAAUGGACAGAUAUUUUCAAGCCUUAUUUAGUUAUAAAUUUAUAUUUCAAAGACAGAAUAGCUUAAAAAGACAGCCAUUGUUUUUACCACGCAUUUCAUUAACAAAAAGCCAUUGUGUAUCUCAGUAACUGUGAUUUACCUUUGUUUUUUGUACGAGACAAUUGUUUUGCCUUUUUAGUCCUUCGUUUAAUAAAACCAAACUGGAUCGUCACAGCCCGGCGAUCUUGUUGUUCGCUUUGCGGCCCUUUUUUGUACGUACAACGGAAAAGCAAGUGUACACCUUAAGUGAGGACCCUGCUUCUCGCAAAUGAUAGUUUUCAUAAGCUAAAAAGAGAUUAUCUUCAACAUGAAAAAAGUAAAUCUGAAAUGAUCGGUUUUAAAAAUCAGGGUUAGUUUGGUUAGUGAAGUUUGUGUCAAGAAAGAAGAGAAAACAAAGUCACAGUUGGAGAGCUGCUCUCUGCUUAAGUCCCGUUGUUUCUAUUGUAAAGAAUUGUAGUGAUAGCUUUUCUUAGUGAAAGUUAACAGAUUUGCCUUGAGUUAUUUUUAUCAACGUCUUGUUACCAGAACGCAUGAGGACCACGGAAAUUAGCAGCCCCUGAGUUAGCACAAGUUCAAAGUGUUUCAUUGUGUAUUAUUGCACGGUGCGUAUAAUUUCCUUGUUCUUUAUUUGCAAUUGUACACAAACUGAAUGCUUUCAAGUUUAAUCCAGUGUUCUCUCGUUUACCCCUUUGUUCUCACCCAGUAAGAAUGCUUAGGUCUUGCAGCGUUUUCGCAGUCAAACUGCAACGACGCAAAGUUUAAUUGUGAUUAGUUGUUGAGGUUNGUGUAUCUCAGUAACUGUGAUUUACCUUUGUUUUUUGUACGAGACAAUUGUUUUGCCUUUUUAGUCCUUCGUUUAAUAAAACCAAACUGGAUCGUCACAGCCCGGCGAUCUUGUUGUUCGCUUUGCGGCCCUUUUUUGUACGUACAACGGAAAAGCAAGUGUACACCUUAAGUGAGGACCCUGCUUCUCGCAAAUGAUAGUUUUCAUAAGCUAAAAAGAGAUUAUCUUCAACAUGAAAAAAGUAAAUCUGAAAUGAUCGGUUUUAAAAAUCAGGGUUAGUUUGGUAAGUGAAGUUUGUGUCAAGAAAGAAGAGAAAACAAAGUCACAGUUGGAGAGCUGCUCUCUGCUUAAGUCCCGUUGUUUCUAUUGUAAAGAAUUGUAGUGAUAGCUUUUCUUAGUGAAAGUUAACAGAUUUGCCUUGAGUUAUUUUUAUCAACGUCUUGUUACCAGAACGCAUGAGGACCACGGAAAUUAGCAGCCCCUGAGUUAGCACAAGUUCAAAGUGUUUCAUUGUGUAUUAUUGCACGGUGCGUAUAAUUUCCUUGUUCUUUAUUUGCAAUUGUACACAAACUGAAUGCUUUCAAGUUUAAUCCAGUGUUCUCUCGUUUACCCCUUUGUUCUCACCCAGUAAGAAUGCUUAGGUCUUGCAGCGUUUUCGCAGUCAAACUGCAACGACGCAAAGUUUAAUUGUGAUUAGUUGUUGAGGUUUGUUAUUCUGCCGAUGUUUUGAGCUCCCCAGAGGGAUAGAAAUUACGUCAACAAAGGGGGAACGAAUUUACGUAACAACUUGUACAGGUUCACCCGAAGAAACAUUUGCUUUCCGUUCUUUUUCGUACAGAGUCAAAGCCUAACGCAAGAAAAGCGUCAAAAAGCUCUUGAGUGAAGGAAGUUGACGAAAGAAUGACUGAAAACUAGGACACAACAGCCAAACGGUAAGGGACCAGCGGAUCUUGGCGUUCCAAAAGGUCACUGCACAGAGUUUAUCACAGUUGUUUAUCCUGAAAGGUAAGUGCUUAUCUUUAACCCUCCAUCCACUAUCAGUCUUUAUUUAGUUAAGACGUUAAAAGUUCAGUUAGGGAGUUAGUUUAGUUUAAUAAACUGUUCAGUAUUUAUAUAGCCCGCGUUAAUCAAAACAUUGUUUACUUGUUUAGGGUCUGUUUUCAUUAAAAGCCAGUUUGUCGCGGACGCCACGUAAUACUACGACAAUGUGUAAAGGGCUUGGCUUAACCUUAAAAAAUUGCUCUUUUAGGAAAAUACUAUAGAUUUGCCCCGAGGCUGCGUGGAAGUAGGUGUUAAGUGUAUGCUUGAAAACAUCCAUCUUAAGUCAGAAUCGGCGAAGUCAUUUUGACCCCCUGCCGACAAAAAUUUCAACCCAAAUCGAAAGCUUAAGGGAGCGCAUUCAUACAUGGACAACGGUCAUUUUUGCCGCAUGACUUCUAACUGAAUCAUACUGUGGCUAUAAUAAUUUAAAUUUUCAAGCCGUUUUUUGUCGUUAACAUGCGAACGGACCAAGGCUUGAGAGUACUUCAAAUUGCAGCCCUCUUGAUACGAUCCAAAGAGCAUCACUGAAUCCCUUCACUAAUUGACACUUAUCUGUUCAUCGGAAGUUUGAACAAGUUUAUGACGCUAUUUAAAUGAUUGACUCUCGCAACCAAAAUCUGUUAUCGAGACUGAAUACCCUAUUGGUCAAGUAUACUCCACGAUACCAACUAACACUUAGAUCUUUCGAACACGGUUUAUGUUAAAGUGACAAACGAUCUCUCAAAGGUCUUAACUCAAUGUCAAAUAUUGAUGUACGCUGAUGACACGGUUAUGUAUUUUAGCGCCACCGAUUCUCAAGUAAUAACUUACAUCUGUGACAUCUGCUUAUAUGACAUUUUACAGCUAUAUUUAUUUGUACAUAAUGAUCAUUAUUAUUUCCAUUCCAUUUUAGUUUAUUAUAUAAGGCCUCUAUGGUAGCAGUUUUUGAGAAUUAAAAAAAACUGAAGAGUCACUCUGUUGAAAUAAAGGUUUCUAUCCAUCUUGUUGACUCGGAUCUUCCCUUUCCCCGACUUCUGUUUCUAUUUUUAUUUAUUUACAUUCGAUUACAUAAUGUAUGGCUUGCUUAUGAGCCAUAAGCCUAAUCAAUCUACGCCGAUAACUUACAAUGUAAAUUUGUGACCUAUGGAUUGUUCAACGAGGUCUUUUUGAUCUCACUGAUCUGAUGUCAUCGAUUUAUCACAAUCGUUUGUAAACCUACCAAGUCGGGCCCCAUAGUGCAGCGCUAAGACCUUUUUAGUUUUUUAAAAACGCGAAAUUAAAACUGAGACAUAACAAUAGUCGUUUACGAUAACAUAAAGAAAGGUUUUACAGUCCACAUUAUUACGGAUUAUUGAGACUGAAACUACUUAUUCAGCAGACUUCGCACACAUUUUUUUUUUACAUUUGUUUUAGCUGAUGUUGGAAGUUGCGCAAAUUCGAUGACCUGACCGAGAUGCGAAGACGCCACUUUACUGACUCCAAAACGACGACUGAGUUGCUCCCCAGCGUAAAUAAUUUGGUCCUCUCUCAUUCAAAUUAACCUAUUAAAUCAAUGCAAGCUAAUUGCUUUUUCCUUUCUAGCAAGCAAACACCUACGACAACACAUGACCACGGCCCUCAGGAAAGACGUGGUUGAUGGUCCUUCUUUCAGCCAAGACUUGUUUAAUAAUGAAGAAAUUGUGAAGAUUCGAGAUGCUGCUAUAAAGACGGAGUUUAUCAAAGGGAUGGUUUCGGGAACUCUGAAUCCAAAUUAUUAUGGAGGCUAUAUGGUGCAAGAUGCUGCCUACUGCUUUGAUGCUGUGAAAGCGUUUGACGAGGCUGCUAGGAAGAUGGAAGAACAAGAAAUGUUUGAAUUUUCAGAGAUCUACCAGUCACAGUCGAUGAGUUUGAAGGAAUACAAUAAAGAAUUUGUUACGACCUGGCAUCUCCAGAAUACCAAAAGCAUAGUUAUGGGUCCUGCAGCAAAGACCUACGUAGAAUAUGAGGGCAGAGUAAGCCGUGAUUAUCCCAAGUUCCUAGCCAUUGCCAUGCUACCGUGCCACAUGCUUUGGCCGUGGAUUGCCAAUCAGUUCAUUGAUUUUGUUGCCAAGUCGAAUCCGUACUACAAAGGCUGGUUUGAAGAAAACGAGACCGAGCCAAAUCACAAAGGUCACCUGGAGAAGUUUGUUGAUUCUCAUUUCGGCCCUAAGGAAAAGAAGAAGGCUCUUACUAUCUUCCGCGAUGGAAUGAUUAACGAAUUAAAUUUUUUUCGAGAUGCUUGUUUAGAAAAGCUUAUUUGA